AUGCAUCGGACUGUGGUUUUGAGCCGUAGAGCACUCAGAAGCAAAGCAACGAGUUUAUUGCACACCACGAACGAUUUACUCCACCCUCAAUUGCAUCACAGAGCGAAACCUAUAAAUAAAGAUGGGGCUUUUUCAUUCAGAGCAUUUUCGUACAGCAGGUACACUUUCACGAGGCAGCCGUCUGACCCGAAUGACCCAGCCACCUUGAUGAAGGAGGACGGCGUGUCCAUUUGUUCCCAAAUGUGGAUCGAAAAUUUCCGGGAGCCCAAUAAGACUGUAUCUAAUUUGGCUGGUUAUUUGAGGAGAUUCGAGCUGUGGGUGCUGGCGUACCAGAAGGUAUCUGCUGAUGAGACGGGCGCGUACAUGCCCCGUAGCGCGAUCACACGUCCAGCACUCGAAGACUUGUUGGCAUUAAGGAAUGCCGUUCUCGACAGCCGCUUCAAGUGGGGAGCUCGGUUGGAGUUUUUCAUUCGGUCACCAAAGGACAAGACGGAUUACGGGUCUUUAUCCAAGAGAAAAAUCAGGGCAAUUUUGACGACUACUCAGCCGGCCCCUUUUCAGGACAGGAUUGUCCAGGAGGUUUUGUUUAUGAUACUGGAGCCCAUUUACGAGGCUCGGUUUUCGCAAAAGUCGUUUGCCUUUAGGCCCGGAAGGAAUGCACACACGGUGUUGAGGGUGAUAAGAAGGAACUUUGCUGGCUAUUUGUGGUACAUAAAGGGCGAUUUGAGUACUGUUCUGGAUGGGAUGAAGGUUGGGAUGGUCAUCAGCGCCUUAAUGAGGGAUGUUAGGGACAAGAAGGUGGUUGAUCUAAUAAAAGCCGCCUUAACCACCCCUGUUAUAACAACUAAGCCGGGAGAUGGGGAAAAGAAGAAGAAAACAAAAAGGAAGUAUCAGAAAAAGAGAGUUUUAGCAGAAGACGAGCCCAAGCCCGACCCGUAUUGGUUAGAAACGUUCUUCGGGUUCGCCCCUGAAGAGGCUGUGGUACACCCGUCGUGGGGCCACUGCGGGAUACUCAGCCCUCUUUUGGCUAACGUGUGCCUUGACGAGCUUGACCAGUGGAUGGAGGUUAAAAUUAAAGAAUUUUACAAGCCUUCCACGAGUGAUGUCAUAUGGAACAGCCCGGAAGGUGAGGCCGAACAAGGGAACACGUCUUGGCCCGAAUUCGUCCCGACUAGCGGCCCAGACAAGACCAGGAAGAUCGACUACAUACGUUACGGCGGUCAUAUCCUGAUUGGGGUUCGUGGCCCGAGGGCCGAUGCGGCUACUCUGAGAAAACAGUUGAUUGAGUUUUGUGACCAGAAGUACAUGUUGAAACUCGACAAUGAAAACCUCCCAAUCGAGCACAUAACCAAAGGCAUUAUGUUUCUCGACCACGUGCUGUGCAGGCGGGUCGUGUACCCUACCUUGAGAUACACAGCGACUGGCGGGAAAAUUAUCAGCGAGAAGGGUGUUGGGACGCUUUUGUCGGUCACUGCCAGCUUGAAGCAGUGCAUUAAGCAGUUUAGGAAGUUGAGUUUUCUCAAGGGUGACCGAGAUCCAGAUCCCCAGCCCUGUUUCAGAAUGUUUCACGCCACUCAGGCCCACACGAAUGCCCAGAUGAAUAAGUUCCUGUCCACCAUAGUCGAGUGGUACAGAUAUGCCGACAACAGGAAGAAAAUAGUUAAUUUCUGCUCGUACAUAAUUAGGGGCUCCCUUGCAAAGCUUUACGCUGCGAAAUACAAGCUGAGGUCGCGAGCCAAAGUUUACAAAAUCGGGGCCCGGAACUUGAGUCGCCCGCUCAAGGAAAAAAAAGGGCAGUCUCCGGAAUAUCACAAUUUGCUGAGGAUGGGUCUCGUCGAGUCGAUUGAUGGACUUCAAUACACGCGGAUGUCUCUUGUGCCCGAAACGGAUUAUUCCCCUUUCCCCGCGGGCUGGAGGCCCGAUCACGAGAAAACAUUGAUUGAGUACAUAAAGCUUGAGGACUCGGCAACUCUUGAAGAGCAGCGCGAAUGCCUCAAAGAGCAAGGCUUGAUUUCACCUCAGGAUUAUGUUUCCAUGCUUGUGUGGACCUACAAAAAGAAUGCAAUUUCAGUACCACAGCUUUCACCUAAUGAGAAUGGUGAGGAUAGCAUAGGAGGAGAAGCUGGUUUGUUAUUGGACUCGGAUGAAGAAAGCAGGGAAGAUAGGUUAUUGACUAGUGGAGCCAAGGAAGAAAGGUUUCGUGCAGCAGAGAUGUAA